AAAAAGUUAAAUUUUGAAAGUUCCAUCCCUGCUUACACACAAAGCAAGGGGGAAGAAAACAAAAGCGAAAGCAAAGGGAACGAUUUUUAUUUCUCGGAGAGAAAGCGCACUCAUUAAGCUAACAAUGGCAGCUGCUUCUUCUUCGAUAGCAGUCUCAUCGGCGACGGAGGAGGAGCUGGCACUGAGAGUAAAGUGGAGCGGCAAGGAGUAUACUGUACGGGUCUGCGGCGACGAUUCUGUAGGGGAAUUGAAGCGCCGCAUAUGCGAACUCACCAAUGUUUUGCCUAAGCGACAAAAGCUUCUGUAUCCUAAAAUCGGUAAUAAGCUGGCCGAUGACACUGUUUUGCUCUCCCAACUUCCGCUUAAAUCCUCGCUCAAAAUGACCAUGAUUGGGACUGUUGAAGAUGAGAUAAUUGUGGAUCAACUGGACUCUCCGGAGAUUGUUGAUGAUUUUGAACUUGGGCAAGAUGAAGCUGUUGAUAUUAAAGAUAAGGAAGUUAAUAAACAAAAACUGAGGAGACGUAUUGAUCAAUAUAAGAUUGAACUUCGGAGUCCAUGUCGUGAAGGGAAAAAACUGCUUGUUCUAGAUAUUGAUUAUACCCUGUUUGAUCACCGGUCCACAGCAGAGAAUCCGCUUGAACUUAUGCGACCUUACCUUCAUGAGUUUCUUACAGCUGUUUAUGCAGAAUAUGAUAUUAUGAUAUGGUCUGCAACCAGCAUGAAGUGGAUAGAACUGAAGAUGGGACAACUGGGGGUGCUCAACAAUCCAAACUACAAAAUCACGGCUCUUCUAGACCAUUUAGGAAUGAUUACAGUUCAAUCAGAUUCUCGAGGGAUUUUUGACUGCAAGCCACUUGGAUUGAUUUGGGCUCUUUUCCCUGAGUUUUACAGUCCAAAAAACACUAUAAUGUUUGAUGAUCUGCGAAGAAAUUUUGUGAUGAACCCACAAAAUGGCCUUACGAUUAGGCCUUUCAGAAAGGCUCAUGCAAAUAGAGAUAGUGAUCAGGAGCUUGUAAAGCUCACUCAAUACUUGCUUGCCAUUGCGGAACAUGAUGAUUUACGCACCCUGGAUCAUGGAAAGUGGGAAUUCUUUACUGAGGACAAUACAAAAAGGCGGAGGCAUGCAUAAUUCACAUUAACAGCUUGGAAUCCUUGAUAGCUGGUUAUAUUCACUUUUGAGGAAGCCAAAGGGUGGAUACUUAAUACAGCUGAAGCAGCAUUUGGGUACAUGUUUGGAAAUGAAAUCCUGUAGUAAAUGGAGUUUGUUUAGCACUAAACUCGUCAGUUUACAUAUAUUAUAUGGAUCAGUACGAAUUGACUUGUGUUGUGGUGACCUCUACAGAUCGUUCGACAAAUUGAUUCUAGAAAUGAACUUAUUUUUACGUCCUGUUGGGAGGAAAACAGAAGAAAAUAUGAAACUUGGUGCAUUUCUUAAGGAUUUCUGGCAUCCAAUAGGAACUGUAUUGUGAACUAUGUUAUGUUACUUUGUAGAAGAAUUAUUUAUUUUGUCUUAAGUUAUGCCCUUGUUAGGACUGACUGAUUUAUAUAUCUAAUUCAUAAGAUAUUUGAAUGAGUUCUGUAGCACAGGUCAAGAAGAGAGAUUGUGAGCAAAAUUUUUGGCAUCAACUAGGUAGAACUCGUUGAUUAUUAUUAAAAAUUGAAUUUUUAAGUUUAA